AUGUUUCACCGUUCUAAACACAACACUAUUCGAUUCAGCAUUGUAUGUGUUCGUGUUGACUAUCGGACAAAUUCUUAUUAUUCUCCACCAUCUGGUGAAAGUUUUUUAUGUUCAAACAUCAAGUCAAAAGGGAUGACAAAAUGUUCCGAUAUUCCAAAAUUAACGCAAAACAAUAUGACUUGUACAGCGCGAUUCAAUUUUACAGUUUAUUCUCUCAGUGAUCAGUGUGUAAACUGGAAUCAAUAUUAUCGUCUAUGUAAACCAUCCGACACCAAUCCUUACAAUGGAGGAAUUAGUUUCGAUAAUGUUUUAUACGCAUUCAUCACAAUAUUUCAGAUUGUGUCAUUAGAAGGUUGGGUAGAUGUGAUGUAUUAUAUACAAGAUGUGUCAUCAUUUUGGGUUUGGAUCUAUUUUGUUGUAUUAGUGGUGAAAACGCCCGACAGACGACCGUCUGUUCCUAGAAUUCAAAUAAACAGCGAUGAUAAUAAUGAUGAUAAUCUAUCCUAUUAUUCUGCAUUCGAACAUGAUUUAUCACCCGAUGUGCCUGACUUAAUUAAAGAUGUUCGAUCAUCGACUCAAAAAAUUCAAUCAUUUGUUAGUUCACAAAACUCAGUGCGUAAGAAAAAUGCGAAUGAGAAAGCAAUAGCUAACACGAAAAAUAUGCGGCCCGGACGAUAUAAAUUAUUUAAUCUAAAACUAAAUCGAUUUAUUGAAACAAACUUUUUUAUUGGUGCAAUUUUUGUAUGCAUUUGUUUGAACACAUUAUGUUUAAGUAUCGAAUAUCAUGGACAACCUCAUUUAAUGACGCAAAUUUUAGAAUACAUUAAUUUUGGUUUUGCCGUUAUAUUUCUUCUUGAAAUGAUAUUAAAAUUAAUUGCUAUGGGUAUGUUUCAAUAUAUUAAAGAUCCAGCCAAUAUUUUCGAUGGUCUUAUUGCAAUAAUAAGUUUAACGGAGAUUUAUCAAAGUAAUAUAUCUGCAUUACGUGCAUUUCGUAUGUUGAGAAUAUUUCGUUUGAUAAGUUUUCUACCAGGAAUAAAACGUCAAAUAGCAAUAAUGGUUAAAACAAUAAAUGAUGUGGCAGUUUUUUUCUUAUUUUUGAUGCUUUUCAUAUUUAUGUUUGGAGUAUUAGGAAGUCAUUUAUUUGGUGGACAUUUUUCAGCAGUAUCUGGUUACAGUGUUGAUAAUCGUACACAUAUCGAGAUAAAAUGUCACUGUUGUCAAUGCAAAGAGUUUGAAUUCUAUCGAAAUCAGAGUAAUAUAAUUAAUGUUCGAUGUCAAACACCACGUACAAACUUCGACACAUUUUUUAAUUCAUUAUUAGCUGUUUAUCAGGUAAGAAUACAGUUCUGUGCAGAAUUAUAGAAACGAGUUGUUUUUAAUGUGUUUGGUUUGUCGUAACAAGAACGAGUGCGAGAAAUGAUUUCAACAGCUAGAAGAGUUUUCAAUUAGAAGUAAGUGUUUUAUGCAAGUUUC